AUGCCGCCGACAGACACUAACCAGAGCGUCCAGAAGGCUCAAUCAAUAUUAGAUAAAUUAGUAGAAGAUAACAUCAUCGACCGCACGCUCCACAGCAUAUUUCUGUCAAAGUACAAGAAGGCUGUUGAUGUGCUCACUCAAUCCCUGCAGAAUGAAGCCGUGCACCUUAACCAUCUACAAGAUCUCACCACGAUGAUAGAGACGACAGAACAGACGCUGCAGAGCGAGACCAGGAAGCAGUCUGCCGUCGCCCAGCAGAUUCUGCGGCUGAGGACGGAGCUUUCAGAGAGGGAAUCGUGCAUUGUGACGCUUCAAGACGACUACACGAAGCUCUCUGCUGAAGAAACCAUGCUUAUGGAGGAAAAGACUCUGCUUGAACACGAGCUCACUCUUAGGCGAAAUGAAUAUGCAGAGUCUCUUAGACCACGUAUUGCUGCUUUAGAAAUGGAGAACAAGGGUACUCGUGAUAGCAUAGCAUCCAUGGAAGCAAUCGAAUCGAACUUACAGGCGGAAAUAGCACUCAGCGCGAAGCAGCUGGAUACCCUUGUCUCUGCCAAUAAUGUUAUAGAAGAUGAACUGCGGAAGAUAACCACAGACAAACAGAGAGCAGGAUUGUUGCCAGAAAAGUAUCAGCGGCAAGCUGCACUAGUACAGCAGGCGCUAAAUGCUGCCCAAGUCGAUGCACAGAAACGUGAAAAGCGAUAUAAUGAGGUGCAAGGUUCAUUUGAAAGCGCGCAGGCAUCUCUCGAGAACAUCAAUAAAGAAAUAGCCAACAUAUGUAACCAGUACACUGAUCUCCGCAGCACAGCACUGGCAGCUUGUGUUAAGGAAACUGAACAACAUACCAAAGAGCUGCGACAGAUCAAGACACAGAUACGUACUUUGACAGAGGAAAAUGCCGUCUUAAUGCUCAAAGAAAAGACAACCAAAGCUGCUAAGCAGCUAGACCUUUCGAAUGUUGACAAUUUAAACAAGCAAAUAAAAGCACAGCAAAAGAAGAUCCAGCGGGUAGAGGCGUUGAUAUCAAGGAACGAAGAAGCACUAGAGCCGGUGCAAAAGCAGCUUAAAGACGUUGCAGAGGAAAUAAGUACAGAGAAGAAUAAGGCCAAGGUUACGACUUCUAAAGUGGAGGCAGUGCGGGGCGAAUUGCAUAAGAAGAUGCUUCUCUUAGCUAACUCCCUUAACGUGGACGACGACUUUUCUAAGAAGCUGUUGGGGGCUGCAGAUUGCAACAAAAAGCACCAGCAAACAGUCAAUGAGGCAGCUGCAGAGUCUAGAGAGCUGGCGGUGCAGAUAAAGGUUUGUCAAUCUGCACAGCAGGCAGAGACCUCGAGGCUCGCCAAACUUAACUCGAACCUUAAGCAGCUCAUCAGCGAGUUACAAGUUAAAGAUACAGAGGCCGACCGAUUGUCAAUAGAACUGCACAAUCUCGAGUCCCGUAUGGCAGAUUUUUCAAUCAUGUACGAGCAGCUGAAAACUCAGAAGAACCGAUUGGCUCGCCUGUCGCAAGAAGCCAAGCUUGCAAUUUCAGAAAUUCAGAAGAAAAUUGCAGUGUUAACAUCCGAGUCCGAGCUUCUUUCUAACGAGUCGCGAGAAAAGUCAAACUUGCUUUCACGUCAAGCCAUUGAUACAAAAGAUGCCCGGCGCAAGGCAUCUCAGAUGUGCCAGAAGCUAGCAGAUCAGAAGCGCAUCCUCCGUAAUCUACACGAGGAGGUCGAACAGCACGUUUCAGAAAUAGAGAGCCUGGGGUCCUUGAUUGCCAACGCAGAACAGCAGCUCUUUCAGUUACGAAACAUGUACAUUGAGGCUGUCGAGCAAAGAAACUAUGCCGGAAUACAAUUGGUUGAGCGAAAUGAUGAACUUUGCAUGCUCUAUGAGAGGCUCCACACGCAGGAAAACAUCCUGCGUGACGCUGAGAUCUUUAUGAGUGCUCGAGAGGAAGAUUUAAGAGUACUAAAUAUAAUGUAUAAGGAACUUGAGAACGAACGCAAUAUUGUACGGAAAGACGUUACUACGGAUCUCCCGAAAUUAAUUGAGGAGCGGGCAUCUGUCCUCCAAGAACUUGCUGAAGCACGUGCUGACAAUGAGCAGCUUCUUUUGGAUAUCCGCGGCGGUGCUUGCGUAAAAGACGACGCAAAGGUAGAGAUUUUGGACUUGACUAAUAUCUAUGAUCCUCAACGGGCCGUUAAACCCGCUGAUCCUGACGAGAUUUUAUUGACAAAUGUUAUAGAUGCGCUAGAUGACGGCCAGGGCAGUAAUGAGUUGUCUAGAACUGCAAGCCUCAAGAAACUGAACCAACCUCUGCCGAGAAUAGGAUCUCUCUCUGCAGAUAGCGCAGGAACAAAAUCACAAGCACUGGACAAAUCAGCAACCCAAAAACAAGCAAUUAGAAAGCGUACGCUAGGGAAAACGGAGCCGCUAAUGGCAAAGUGGAACAUGGUCGGGGCGACAGAGCCCGUGUCGCAGGAAAAGUUAUUAGCCAAACAAAGGACGAUAGAGGGUCGCAUGCAGACUGUUCGGGAGACACUGCUAGAGAAGUUCAUAUUCAAUGAAGAACUGGAUAGACUAAUUGCACAGCUCCAAGAAGAUAUAGAAGCAGCAAAGCGCGCAGUACCAGCAGAGAUCACCACCAAACUCAACUCUACACGAACCCAGCUACGAGGUGUUACCCGAAAGCUAAUGGCCAUGGUGUCCGAAGUCUCUAUGGAGCAAGCCACAAUCAUGAAGUUGAAGGCUGUUGCCGAGCAGUUAGAAGAUACCGUGGUCGCCGCAAAGGAGCGUCUAAACAUGGGUCUUGCACCAACAGAUGAGAUAGAGCACGAAUGGCUAAUUGCGCAUCAACAUGAAGUGGAGUAUCAGCACAGCAGAAUGUUACUUGAGCAAGAGCUGGCUUCACAAGUUCCUGGCCUUGUACAAACGACUGCUAAGCCUCGAUUCGACAGCUAUAUGUCUCAAGAGAGUGGGCUGCCACGGCCCUACGGUGGAAGGGCGCCAUUUGCCCCUGCAGAUCCUGCACCAAAUAUCUCCAGGUUCAUCAAAAAGCCAGGGCCAGUAGCCAUAGAAAUAUAG